AUGUUGCGUGGUCGAGCCUACUUGAUCAUCAGUUACUUGGUGGUUUUCUCUUUCAGACGGAUUGAAGCUUUACUCUCCUCUGGCUGCGAUGCUGUCGCCAAGCGUUACCAGCUGAACAUCUCACAGUUCCUGGGACUGUCCCGACGUGUCUUGAUUCAUCAGGAAGACCUUGGUGAAGCCGAGCGUGCACACUUUGCGUCCCUCGUGCACGCGGUGAUAGAGCGCAGACAGGAGCUGGUGCUGCCCGACGUUUGUCCUUGUGCCGUCGUGGCUGCUGCUGCUGUCCGCAUGGGAAUGGAAAUGUACAUCUUUGAGAACAGAGCUGCGCACACGAAUCAUGAACAUGUCAAAGCAUUUCACCGCUUUGCACUUCUUCAGCGCUCAAUGAAGGAAGCGUCCGGAGACUGCCUGGACAACGAGGCUCGCUACUGGCCAGUCAGCCAGGCUGUGGAUGUUCUUCUGAAGGCGCACAGCUCUAUGAUGGAACGAGUGCAGAGCAUGAAGGACUGGCUGGUGGACUCCCAGGAGACCACGAUCACAGACGAGCAGCAUAUAGAAGCGCUCGCAGAUGCGGCUGCAGUCUUUGAUUCGGAAGGACUGGAGUGGUGGCCCUGCAGGGGAACACUUAUUGCUUUGCUCCGGCAUGGCAGGCGGAGUGGCUUGCUUUCGAAAGGCAGGUUGGAUGUCGUUGAUCAUGAUGUUGAUGUUAUGGUGGGUAUCCAAUCCCAUGAAGAAUGGACUCAAACGCGGUUCUCGGUUGCUCGGAAGCUUUCGGAGCGAGGCUGGACCAACUGCUUCGAACGGUAUUCUGUAAGUGCUCCCCAGCUCAGCGACCAGUACUAUCUUGCACGUGGGGACCUUUUCUUGUGCACCAGAACGAGCCCCAAAGUUACGCUGGACAUUGCAACCUACAUUGUUGAGGGUCCCAUUGCUUAUGCACAGAGGUACUGCCUUCCCGGUGCGCUGUCCGAAUCCGGGUUCGGAUGCUGGGUCCCUCAGAACGAUGGCACCUUCCGUGGAAGUCGUGGACGACUGCGAGUUUCCGCAAUCCGUCCUCUCGGACGCUGCAAGGCCGGACACCUCUCUGUUCCCUGUCCACGAAAGCCACUGGAGACCCUGCGUGCCACGAUGAUCGUGAACUUUACCAACAGCUGCGUGGCAUUGCCUGACGUCAAACAGCGCCGCGAUCGCGACCUCUAUGACAGCGACAGAGACUCAUGGCUGUCCGAAGGCUUGAUGCCGGAGGAUGUGGAUAUCUUGACACGUCGGGCUGCUGAUCUCGACAGGGACGGCUACCUCUCAAUGACCCCGUACCUGCACUGUUCGGAGCACGCUUUUGCUUAA